AUGAGCGGCGGGCGUAGCGGGCGAUCCGCCGUGAAGAUGGAGGCGCCGUUUUACCCCGAGGAAGGACUGGAGCUGCUGCCCGACUUCGUGCCGCUGCCGGGUUUCGGUACCGCCGGCGGACCUGGAGCCGAUGCGGCGGCGGGGCAGAAGCUGCUGCUGGGCGCCGGGAAGAAGCGGGACCUGCCGACUGCCGCCCCCGCGCCGCUCCCGGGGCCCUUCGCCCUUCGCCCGCCUGCCGGCGCCCGCGGCAGCGCGGCGGCUCUGCGCUUGCUGCCGCCGCCGCCCGCCGCCGCCGCCGCCCCGCCGCCCACCGCAGGCUCCGCGGAGACGGGGAGCGGCGGCGGGGCGGCGGCGGCCCGCGGCGGCCCGGAGGCCGCGCUGGGGGGGGGCGCGGGGCUGGGCGCGGGCAGCCCGGGGCCGACGGCGCCCGGGGCGGGAAGCGGCGGGGCGGCGGCGGCGGGGCCGUUCCUCUACCGGCAGCCGGUGACGCAGGAACAGGAGGGUUUCGCCGACGGCUUCGUCAAGGCCCUGGCCGACCUGCACAAGCAGAACCAGCUCCUGACGGCGCCGCCGCCGCUCUCCGCGCCGGGACCCUGCUGCACCGCCCGCCCGGGGCCACCGGGAGCCCCCGCCGCCGCCGCCGCCGACCCUCCGGCCGUCUACACCAACUUGAGCGGCUUCAACCCCGCGGGGCCGCUGAGCCCUUCGGGCAGCGCCUACCCUUCCGCCUCCGCCCCACCACCGCCGCCGGGCCUGGCCUUCGGGGCCGCGGGUCUGGGGAGCGGCCGGCUGCCGCCGGCGCGGUCCCUGGAGGAGCCGCAGACGGUGCCCGAGGUGCCGCCGUCGGCGGGCGGGGAGGGUGGCAGCAGCGCGCCGACGCCGCCGUCGCUGUCGCCGCUGGACGCGGAGAGCCAGGAGCGGCUGAAGGCAGAGCGCAAGCGGCUGCGAAACCGCAUCGCCGCCUCCAAGUGCCGCCGGCGGAAGCUGGAGCGCAUCGCCCGGCUGGAGGAGAAGGUGAAGGCGCUCAAGGGGCAGAACGCCGAGUUGGCCGCCACCGCCAACCUCCUCCGCGCCCAGGUCACCCAGCUGCAGGGUCGCGUCCGCAGCCACCUCUCCUCUGGCUGUCACAUUAACGCCGCCGGGCAUCCUCCUCCUCCUCACGCCGCCGCCCAGCCGCGGGAGACUCCCCCCGAGGCGGCCGCCGCCGCGCCGGAGACCAGCGCCUGCUGAAGAGGGACACCCCGCCGGCCCCGGCCCCGGCCCCAAGCCCGCCCGGGGGCACCACGGGGCCAAGGGGAUAUGAGUUCUUGUGCUGGAGUCCUGCUUGGGUGGUAUCCUCUCAAGUCAGUGAGAACUAACUGAAGAAACGGCAAAUCCAGCCUUUAUGAACUAAUUCUUCAGAAGCACAGAAGAAACGCAUGUCAAGGUGUUGUGUGUCGACACCAGCAUGCAUAGAGAAGGGGAUGGCCAAAGGAAGGAACUGGGAUUUUCAUAGCUGCAACAGUGUACCACAGUGGGGUUUUUCAUAUGCUUUUGUUGUGGUCAAAUUCUUCCAGAAGACGACUAAGCUGCAUUUCUCUGUGUGAUCACAAUGUGAUUUUUUUUAGAUUUCCAGUGAAAUUGGAGGACUGUCAAGCCUUGCAAUGCUAAAUUAACACAGUAAGAGAACUUACUUUGAAGUCACAUUUAGCCUUAAUGUUAUCUGAAAUGCUGCGGUUCAUGUGUAGUCGUUUACCACAAGGUGAAAUGAUGAUUAUCAUAAAUGAUGUUUUAAAGUAGUCACCCUAAAUAAUUACUUAUGUGAUGUUUGCUGUUUUGUCUGCUGCCAAAAAGUCUCUAUCCAUAGCAUAGCUAGCUGUAAAUUGAGCUUUGCUCUUAAUUUCUAGUAGUAGUAAUAAGCAGGGUCUGCAAUAGUUUCAGGAGUAAAUGUUCUGGCUAAAGAAUGACCAUAUCUGUAGGAAUGCUUUGAAGUGAUGAUUGGGGUUGAAGCCUUGCUGACGUGGAGAUAAUAGAUAUGACCAGUUCACUGUGCACUAAUACACUGCUAGAUUCUGAUAUUUAGCACACUGCUGGUAAGAUUUACUACUACUGUUACUUACUGGUUAAGAACCAAGCAUGGGUGGAAUUGUAAGUCACCUAAAUAGGGUCCAUGCAACCUUGGAGAGCUGUCUUGCUGGGCAUCAGUAACAGACUCCCAUCCCAUACAAAGGGGAAGAGAAAAAUCAUUGGUUGCAGUCUCUGUUUUGAUUUUGCAAGUUCAAUUACUUUUUUAGGUUGAGUCCUGUUUUACUCUCAUCUCAAAAAUUUCAAUAAAUUUGAAAACCUUUCUAAUAACUACCUUGAAGCAUGUCUUGCAACUGUUCAAUCAGUGGUUGUCCAAUUGUGGUAUUACUUCUGUCAUAAAUGAAGAAAGCUGAAGCUGUUAAGAGUCAGGCUCAUUGCAUCCCUUUUCUUAAACAAUGGUCUGAAUAGGUGAAAAAUCAUGACCAAUAGCUUGAACUCUUAGGAGCUGUUUGAUACCAUUUUCUUGUCCUCUUCAGAGAGCUUCCCACUGCCCCAAGGGAUGUGUCCCUCCUGCCUCAUAUGGAAAAUUCACCUUUAAGAACUAACUGUUUUAAAAUAACUAACUAACUGACUAACUAAAGAUAGUCUUCUGGUACAUGCUGGGUAAUUUGAAAGAUAACAUACUGAACUUGACAAUAUUUCCCACACCUCUAUUUCAUAAAUCUUCAGAUUUUCUUAUAAAGCAGGACACAAGCAGUGGAGUAGUGUCAAAUAAAGCUAGUGUGCUGUUCCAGAGAAUGUAUUUUUGAUAGUCUCCUUCUUUUUCCCUAGUAACAGCUAUGGAAAGAGAGCAGUAGGAGAUACCAAUAUAUGACUUGCUGUUCUUCACAAGUAGAGACUCAGUUUGAAUUCUUGGAUUUUUCCAACUUUUACUAUUCUGUCUUUUAAUGUCCUUCAUGGGAGGGUGACAGAAAUAAUGAGGAAAUACUAUUAGAGAGUUAAAUGGUCUUGUUAUAUCUAAUGUUGCGUAAGUUAUCGUCGUAAGUAGCUAGGACACCUAUUUAUGGUCUGCAAGAUGACACCUUCAGAAUAGGGAUUCCUAAAAUGCUGCCAAAGUGUUUUUAUCAAUCCAAACCACUUUGUGCCAGUUACUAAAAUGGUAUUGUAAGUCCUUGUGAUUUUUGACAGUCUUUGUGUGCACCAUAUAAGAGAAAUCACUGCACAAGCUGGUAUGUCCACAUGGUAUGAUACCUGUUUCCCAGCAGGCCAAUAGUGUCUAAUGAAGUUUACUUCUUUAUUCCUCUCCCCACUUGUAGUAGUUAGAAAUGAUGGUUGAAGUUAUCAGCACCAGGAAGGAGAAAAAAAAAAUGAAAUCCAAGAGAAAAAUAAUACUUAUCUCUGAAACAGUAUUUAAUGGUAGUAUUUGUUGUAUGUUUAAGUAGCAGAUAAUUAGGACUGCUCUUCAGAAUACUUUUUAACUUACUUUGUUUUGUUAUUACUGCAUAAGUGUCUUCUAAAUGUGUCUUCUUUAGAAACUGUGCCCCUGCCUGUUUGGCCUGAUGACUAGUGAUUUCACACUUACCCUUAUUUAUUUAAAGCCAUGGCAACUGCCAUACUGAAAUGUCAUCAAGUAAAGCCCAGGUCUGCAUGCUGACUGGUGAUGCAAAAGUCUGCUCUCUAAUAAAAUGCCGCCCAUGGAGGACGAGCUCCAAAAGGCAGCUACGCCCUGUCUUCAAGCAUUUGCUCUAAUUUCAAGGCUUUGCCAUGUGGUGUUGCUCAAUGUGCAGCAAAACAAGUUCUUGCCAGCCCCUUGAGCAUUCCUCCACGUGUAACAGAUUAAAUAUUCAGGCUUUGUUAACUCUCCCACAUGCCCCCCAAGACAAAAAAAAACCCCCAAAAAAACAACAAAACAAACAAAACAAACAGAAUCAAACCCAGACCCAAAACAAAAGGCCCUACACAAGUAUAUGUUGGAGAAUAGUUUUGCUAUGUUGCAAAGUGCUGUUAAUUACAGAGACGCUUAGUGCAGUUCUGACAUGUGAGCCAUCAAUCUAAACACUCCCAACCGUGAUUUUGCUUUGGUUGUGCUUUGCUGCUUUGUACAGGACAAAGGGAAGGGACUAAGUGUUGCAAUAUAGUAUUGUGCAAUAUUGUGCAGACUUUUAAAUAGAAAAUGAUAGGCAAGUCUGCAUAGUCUUGCACACCAAAAUUUAGCCACUGAUUUUUGCCACUCCCAUUCUUCCUAAUCAGGAAUACUGGCUUCUUAAGGUCAAAAAUAGAGAAGGGGGAUAAGAGUAGAGAGAUAAGAGGUGGCAGUACCAGGGGUAUCUUGCUGUGAAGGGCCUUGAGCCUCCUUGGCCUUAAAACUCAAUCUGUAAGGUUACCUCUAGUUUAUGACAUCUGAAGGUAAUUCUUAGACUCCAAGUGCAGCAUCUUACCAGGAAAGGCAGCUGGGUCUGUAUUGCUGAAUAAGUCUUUUGGUGAAAUAGCUCUUCAGCUUUCUGUUUUUUCCAUCUGUGGAGUUGUAGCACAUUCUUCCAGGGCAGUUUCUCUUUCCUGUAGUGUCUCAUCUGAAGUUGGCUUGUUGUUCCUGCAGUUUCUGCCCACACUGAAAAAUAUUUCUGAGGUUUUGGGGACCACACAUGUGCCCUCACUGUGUGGUGUUUGUGAUGGGUAAUCUUGUAUGACUUAAAAGAGUCUUUAAAAAGUCUCCUCUUAGAAAGGAGUAGCUCCAGUUCGGUGCAGAUUGGGAAAGAUUAAUCAUUCUUCAUGCAGUAUGUCUUUCUGUCAGUUCAACGAGGAACUUCAUCAGAUAAAGGAAAGGUCUUGGGCAAUAGGACCCAGCUUUGAAAACCCGUGGUAGUUUCUGGUUCUUGCUGAGCUUCUGUGAUGCAGAAAACACUUAAUGAUCUGCAUUACUAUAGUCACAAUACCUUGCAAUGUCAUGGGCUGGGCUGCUGGUAGUAUCACCAGUUCUGUGGUCCUUACUGGGAUUCAUGCCACAUGCUGAUUAACAAAAUAAGGGAUUUCCUGUAGAGGGCAAGAAUCCCCCCCCUGCUGUGUCACCACUAGCAUUUCCAAGCUCUCUUUUUGUCCAAAAGAGGUGUGAGGCAAACUUCUGCUUCCUACAGUUCUUCAAUCCAAGCUGGAUUUUCAUAGGCCUUCAGGCAUGGCGCUGAAACUUUCUCCUUCAGGAGAGCUCUUCAAAAUCAAAGGUGGAAGCAGAGCAGUUCAAACUGGGCUUUGCUCUUCUAGCAGUUUACAUGCAACUAGUUGGUGGUGGGUGUCUGUCUACAUCCUUUCUUGGGUUUUUUUAAAGUUGGGUUUAUGUGUACCUUAUUCUGCCUUACUAAAUUAGCUGGCACAGAGGAAGCCUCUGAGAAACCCUUUAAAAAUCUCUGCUUUUGGUAGAAUUUUGUAAAAUUGCAGCAUGUGAAUAAAUUAAACAACCCAACAAAACAAAAAAAAAAAAAAAAAAGAAAGAGAAAAUAAAACAAACAAACAAACAAAAAACCAACCAAAAAAAA